AAUUUGCAGAUAUUCAAGUGCAGGUUCUGUCGAACUAAGUAUUGUGAAGCAUGCGGCAGAGGAGAUUUUCAUGGUGUAAUGACGGAUAAAACAGUUUGUCAAGUUUGUUUUCAGGUAUUAUGGAAUUGAACUGAUCUUUUUAGCGUCAAGGAGAUCACGUUUAUGGAUGCAGUACUAGUAUAUUUCAGUCGGGUUCACGAAACAAAAACAGGAAGGACAAAUUCUCCUUUCUACCAUGGUAAAACUUUAACCCUUUAAGCGAGUGAUCAGCAUCAAAUUUCUCCCUGCAAUAUCACUACUUUGGAAAACAGAGUGUUCAUGAGAAUUACGGACAUGAGCACACGAGAUAAAUCAGUGGCUUUAUAUUUUAUCAACUUCUCCCCACUACUUCUGUAGCAAAUGAAUAGGGGCAACAAAUGAGAAUUCAAAUUUUGAUCCUAAGGUUCAAGGGGUUAAAAAUUGGCUUCGUCAAGAGAGGAUAAGGACACCCAAAUUUCUGAAAGCUGUGCCCUUUACACCCGGACAGUUUACGGAAGAGAACAAAGAAAAGUGUUUGCUUAAUUCAGUAAAUGACAGAUCGUUUACAAAGCAGGUCCGUUUCAAUUCAUUAGAAGAGAAAUAUCGCAAUGUCUGAAUCACCUUGUGUAACUAGUCUCCAAAUAGACCUUUUGAGUAGAAUUAUUUCUUAUUGUUUUUGUUUAAUCCUUUAAUUAGCUCAAGGUCAUACUUCGUAAGCUUUUAUGUAAAUUGGUUUGUUCCAAAGGAAACUGCUGUGCUCCACCAAGAAGAUGAACCGGGGGACCUCCCUAUAAAAUUGACCAGUUUAGGGGUAACAGUCGACCAUUUUGCUCUCACUUGUGCAUGGUUUUUCAGGGAGGAAAGCCAAGAUUUUUUUCCAAUGAAAGUCUCGUUAAUAGUAGUGUCCCACGCAGACCUCUUUAAGGGUUCGUCACAAGUUACUGCCCCACAUCGGGGAGGACUGCGUGACAAGCCAAAAGAAGAACUGAAAGGGAGGCUACUUUAAAAGGGGUGUCGAGUAAAGGUGUGCCUUAUUACUUUAUGUUGUGUCUUAAUACUUAAUGUCAUCAUUACGAAUUUCAGCCUAAAUGCCAAGGAGAGAGAAUUGGGCAAGACCCAGGAAAAUCAGCUCAGAACAAAAGAACAGUCAACAAGAAAACAGUCAAAGCUGAAACUUCACAAAAACAAUCACGAGACACGAGAAAGAGAUAA